AUGACCCAGGCUGGUCUCAGUAGCUGGAAGAUCAGCAGAGCUGAGCCCAUGGAUGCUCCAACAAUGAGCAGGAUGAAGCACACAGCUCUUUUCCAAAUCUUUUCCCUCUUCCUCGUGGUUGUACACGGCUGGCAUGACCUGGACAACAGUGAAUAUGACUGCUGGCCCAUGAAGAAUCCUGAUGAGCAGAACAUGAUUGACUGUGCUGGAUUGGAGAUGAGUUGGGUAGUUAGACCACCGGAGAAGGUGCGGAGUGGAGAGGAGUUUAACGUCACCUACGCUGUCAGUGCAUCCAAUGCCUUCUAUGAAAUGGCUGUGAAAAAUGGUAUCCUGAAGCACAGUGAGAUCACAGACAACGCCAGCGAGGCCAAACGGUUCUGUGAAGAAAACGAGUGCCCAUCUGAGUGGAAACACGCGACAGAAAGCAAUUGUUGCAUUUACCACGCCAACAUCCACUCCUGCCCAAUGGCAUUCAUGAAAAAAGGUGGAAUCUGUGGCCCCUGGGUUCCAGAUGAUGGGAAACUAAUGACCCACACCGUGUCGCAAGCUGGGAAGAUGUCCCACCAGAACUGGACAACUAAGGUUGUGCUGGUCCAGACUGGGGUGACUUCAAUGAUUGCACACGUCAAGGUGGGACGAAUGCACGGGGCCUUGGAGGCAAAGACAAAUGUGCAGAGCGCACAAGUGUGCGAUGAUGGUGUAUGUGACGUGGAUGAGCGGUGUGACACUUGCCCGGCUGACUGUGGACCGUGCCCCAUGACCAUCGGCAUCAAAGCUGCCAUCGGCCUCCCAAUUGCCCUCUUCAGCACUGGGUUCAUCCUCACAGUGGUGUGGCUGCAAUACCAGAAGCGGAAGAUGCUGUGGGAUGAGAGCUGGAUCAUCAACCUGAAGGAGAUCAGCACAGGCAGCAAGUUCCCUCCGGGAAUCGGCAGUACCGUGACCAUCCAACAAGCCAACGGCACCUCCGUCCCAAGUCUCCAUGACGACUCGGCCAGUGGAUACAUUGACAGCCCAGACAACAAGCAGGGCUUCAUACAAAGCGGAAUCUAUGACGGUCGGACAGUGGCCAUCAAAAGGAUACGGAAGAAAACCUUUACCCUCUCAAAGAUCGUCCGCAAGGAAGUGAAGCAAGUGAGGGAGCUGGAUCAUCCAAACCUGUGCAAGUUUAUUGGCGGCACCGUGGAGGUCCCCAACGUUACCAUUGUCACCGAGUAUUGUCCUAAAGGCAGCCUGUUUGAUGUCCUCUACAACGAUGACAUUCCCUUGAACUGGGGGUUCAGAUUGUCCUUUGCCACUGAUAUUGCACGUGGCAUGGCCUACCUUCACCACCACAAGAUCUACCAUGGGAGACUGCAGUCAACCAACUGUGUCAUCGACGAUCGAUGGGUGUGCAAGAUCGCAGAUCAUGGGCUAGCAGUCUAUAGGAGGGAUGAUUUCGAAGACUUGACCGAUGCCUUUAUUCCAAGAGCAAGCCGCAUUCACUGUGCUCCCGAGGUGAUUGCAGGGAUCUCAUCGAACAUGUGCCCAACAGUGGAUGUUUACAGCUUCUCCAUAAUACUGCUUGAAAUCGCAACACGGAGUGACCCACUGCCGGACAAUGUUGACCUGGCCAAGGUGGAGUUGACCUGGCGACCCAGUCUUCCCGAAAUAUACACCAGCAAGUCCGACAACGAUUGUCCCAGCCAGGAAGAGUACGCUGAGUUGAUAAAGAAGUGUUGGGCUCAUAAUUCUCUCCUGCGGCCAACGUUUGAACAAAUUAAGAAGAUGCUUGAGAAGAUGAACCCCAAUAAAGUCAGCCCGGUGGAUAUGAUGAUGACCUUGAUGGAAAAGUACAGCAAGCACCUGGAACUCAUCGUUUCCGAGAGGACUCAGGAUCUACUCCAGGAGAAGCAGAAGACGGACUCGCUGCUGUACAGCAUGUUACCCAGAGCUGUGGCCGACAACCUCCGCCAGGGGAUUUCUUCGGAGGCGCAGAGUUACGCCAACGCCACCGUCUAUUUCAGUGACAUUGUUGGCUUCACCCAGCUGUCCAGCGCCAGCACUCCGUACCAAGUGGUGGACUUCCUCAACCGCCUUUACACCACCUUCGACGACAUCAUCGACAACCAUGACGUCUACAAGGUGGAGACCAUUGGAGAUGCCUACAUGGUGGUUUCGGGGGUGCCCAACGAGAACGGGCUGAACCAUGUGGCCGAGAUUGCCAGCAUGGCCCUGGACCUGGUCUCCGUCUGCAAGUCCUUCGUCAUCCCACACAAGCCUGACGUCAGGCUGAAGAUCCGUGCUGGAAUUCACUCAGGUCCUGUUGUGGCCGGUGUGGUUGGAACCAAGAUGCCUCGAUAUUGUUUAUUUGGAGACACGGUGAACACUGCGUCAAGAAUGGAGUCAACCAGUGAAGCACUCAAAAUUCAAUGUAGCUCCAGCUCGUCAGAACUGCUGAAGGAAAUUGGUGGUUAUCUCCUAACCUGCCGCGGCCCGCAGAUCGUGAAGGGAAAGGGCGAGAUGAUCACCUGGUGGCUUGAUGGGAAGGAAGGUGAUGGAUCAGAGUGAGUCAUGGUGCCAGGAAGGGCAAAACCAGUCGAGCAUUCGAUCCCGACCAAAGGCAGCCGUUUCUUCUGAAAUUCGUCAAGUUCAGACUCCAGACGGCAUUGGAUAUCCCAUUGAAUGUUUCAUAACCACAUCCUUGUAUGUAGUUUGUGCU